AUGACCGCCAACGGAGAAGUCGUUGCUUCCGAUCAUCUUCCCACGGCUUCGGAGGCUAUCAAAAGCCGGGCUUGCAUUAACUGUGCCCGGCUCAAGAUGAAGUGUCGGUGGCCGGCUCCUGGGACCGGGCAGGAGGAGGGAGGUUGCAUUCGAUGUGCUCGCAUGAAGAUUUCAUGUCAUAUACCAGCGCCUGUCCCGAGAAAGAAGCGAGGCAAAUCGACUGCGUCUUCUGAUGGGUCCAUGUUUGAGAAUAGGCGCGUUGCCCAGUUGGAGAAGAAGAUUGACAGCUUGGUGUCCAUGCUUGCAUCAGCACAGCACAUUCAGUCCUCCGGAACGCCUCCCCUGACUCCAGAAAGCCACGACGCAGAUAUAGAAGCCAGAGGCGUGCCGAAAGAACCAGCCUCAAGGCCACUACAGGAGGCAAUCUCGACCAUCCCACAGCCCAAAAGAGCCGUUCGCGAAGCUCCUGACAUUCCACUUUCCGUCCCAUCUAGCCCAGAGACGACAUUCCAGUUGAUACCGGGCUUCAGCUUUACCCUUGAGGAAGUGCUUUCGUACUUUGACAUUUACCGGCGCGAAUACAUGCCCAACUACCCCUUCGUCAUCAUACCGGAGAAUCUAGAUCCUCGGGCGUUGUAUGCAUCUUCGCAAUGUCUCUUUUGGACCAUCAUGGCUGCUGUUGCGCCACAGUCGUCGGCCACUCAGCAAGGCGUCGAGACUUGGUUCCGGCAGUAUAUCGCGGACCGGAUGGUUGUGAAACAGGAGAGGAACUUGGGCAUAUUGCAGGCUCUGCUGCUUCACUUGGCUUGGGGCAAUUUUCAUUUCUACCUGAAUACAGAAUCGACAAACUUGGCUCACCUAGCCGUGGCCAUGGCUCUGGAUCUCAAGCUUGACAGGGCUCCAGAAGUUACUCGGUCGCUCCCAGGCCUCUUGGGCGAGGCUUGGGCUACGAUCAAUAAGAAUGCGUUAAAGCAGAGGCCCCAUACUGUCGAUGAGAAGCGGGCUGUCCUUGGGCUUUAUCACGUCACUUCGCUCAUCUCUGCACUGUUCAAGCGAGGCCACUACUUCUCUUGGAACAACUAUCUCGCCCAGUGCUGCGAGUCACUGGCCGAGUCUUCUCUGGAAUCAGACCUGUUCCUCGUCGCUCUGAUCAAGAUGCAACGUGUAGUCGAUCGAGCCAACUGCAUGCUUCCCGGCUGCGACGUUGUCAAUUCAACGCUCAGCACAUAUAUGUCGCCAAUGGACAUGAUCAUCAACAACCUCCGUCGAGAACUACACGACCUGAUGAGCAACCAGCCAGAGUGCGUCAAAAAGAAGGACUUAUUCAAAGCAUACUACCACGUCACGCUCAUGCGCUUCGCCGAGCCCGCAAUCCCCAUCCCCUCUGCCGCCGACUUGGCCACCCUCAACCCCGAACCACUACAACGCUUCGACACCCUCUGGAAGUGCCUCCUCUCAGCCAUCGACUUCUUCGACACCCUGCUCUCCUUUCAUCCUAAUCAACUCCCCGGCCUUCCUACAUCAGUCACGGGGUUACUUGCCUUUGCGAUAGUAACUACCUCGCGUUUACUUCUCUUGGAGCCAUCGAUAGGCUGGCAACCCGCCAUGGCACGCAAAAAGCUCGACUUUGCAGACGUUGCAAAGCGUCUUGGCGAUCGCUUCGAAGAAGCAGACGUCUGGGCCAAGGAGGCCGGUCGCAGGCGCCGCCUAUUGGAAGCAGGAGGCGCGCAAUUUUGCAGGUUCAGCUUCAAGUUGCGGUGGAUUCGACAGUGGUAUCUUUCACGGGUUCCUCAGGAGGAGCAGCAGCAGCAGCAGCAGCCGGCUGCUACUGCUGCGGAAGCUCAGUUGCCUGGUGGUUCUGGAGAGGCGUUGCAGGAUCUGGAUGGAGUGUUCUGGGAUGAGCUUGAGCUUGGGGAUGCGCUGUGGCCGGACUUUAUGACUCUGUAUCAUCCCAGUUAUACUACGGCUACUGUUGCUGAGACGUGA